CUUUUCUGUUUUUACCAAAAUGAAAUAUAAAAUCACUCAGGUAUUUUAUAAUUUAUUAAGCAUUAGGCAUUCAAAGUAGACAGGGCUUUUCGUGAAAAAACUUCUAGUUCAAUCCAGCAAAGGUGAUGUUCUUCCAGCUGACAAGUUAUGUAUGAUUCUCCUGAAGUCUUAUACAGCACAGAUCAAAAGAAGGUGAAGCUGAGAUUGAUAUUUCUCUUGCAAAGAGACGAGUCCAAGCUUCUGAUAUUGGAAUUAUUACAUUACUCCAUAUUCUGUGCAAGUUGUCUUACUAAAAGGAUGUUGCGAUGCAAUAAGGACAGUCCAAAGAACGUGGAAAUCUCAACUUCUGAUGGCUUCCAACGUCAAGAGAAAGAAGCCACUAUUAUUUCCAUUUUUUGGUCAAACUAUGCCAAAGAGUUGGAGUUUUCAAGUGACCAUGGAUGAAUAUAAAUGCGGCUGAAACACAAGCAGGAAGAAAUUGUUGCCCAGUCUGUGACACUGAAACAGUAAGAAGUGAUGGAUUCUUAAAAUGAUUCGUUGAGUACUUGAAGGAGCAUGGCGAGUAUAUAAGUGGCUCAAACUACAAUAUGAACAAGUAAAGAUCCUGAUGGGAUAAGAUUCUUUGUCCCCAAGGGCAUUUCAAUUAAUUGCCUAAUAUGCUACAUCCACAUCUUCAGGAGUUGAGGAAUAUAAUUUCUGUAUGUUAUUUGUAUGAAAAAUCAACAGAAAAGUAAGGUGCCAGACCAUCAUGAUCAUCCCCUUUUGUCUCAUGCUAAAAACUAGCGAGUAGGAUGUGCAUUAGUGGUGUAUGCGGGUGUACUGAUUGUUGUGAAUUGAAGCUUGGAAGAUGUAGUCUCCUGUUUUAUUUUUGGAACUUCUGUGAUGGUGUCUUUGAAGUGGCCUGAUAAAGUUUUUACAGCAGUAUAUUGUAUGGGUUGGAGUCCCUCUUUGUGCUCUCAUUAAAUGAAAUCAUUUUUG